AUGAAACCGACGGAAGUCGUGGACAACUUUGGCGAUGAGUGCAUCGACAGGCGAGCUUGCAUUGUUACGGACAUCUGGGUUUUUCGCAGAGAUGCGUGCAGAAUGUCCAUCGCAGAGUUACCAUUAGCAGCAAUGCGGCGAGUUUUGGGGCCUAAAGCAUGGACCACGCCCUCAAUCCGAGACUACUACAAUUGUGGUACGAUUGAUAAACGACUGGCAGGGAUGCUUUUGUCUCCACGCGGGGUGGAGCAUACAGAAAAUUGCCUUGCACCACCGCGGAUUGCGAUCGCAGACUGUUCCGUCGCAGGUACGUUCGGCGAAAUUGACGCGAUCGCACUGAUCGAACGCCAAGCGGUCGGCCUCGUGCAAACACGCAGAAUCGUCAAAGUGGUCUACGGCGGGCCUGGUAACGUUUUGCAGAGCCGCUUGAUCUCGUGGGACAACCGUCAUGCAAUAAUUGCGAGUAGCGUUCCAAGUGUCCGCACAUGUAAUGACUUUCGAGUGGUUCUCGCAGGCCCAAUGGCGCCGGAGCAAGAAUUGGUGGUCGCCAAGCAACACGAAUGUAAUGACGCACGCGUACAUGCGCUUCAAAUGUUAUUGCGUCGCAUUAACCCGCUGAACAAAGACAUUGACGAGAACUUCGAGUUUGAUAACGUGGCCCAGUCUCGAGAUUUUUUCUGCACAAGGAUCGGCAAGAAUGAAGACAACGCUGGCCUCGUUGCGCGUGCGCGAGCGAGACAGCAAACAGUUGCAGCCUCUUCCGACAUUAACACAGUGGAUGUUAACGAGGAUGCAUGCCUCUCACGCGCACUAGAUGUAAUCAUGGGCCACUUAACGUAUGUUGCGCGCCGAUCAACGUCUAUCCUCCAGCACAACGAUCCCUACUACCUGGAGCGCACGUCGUGUUGCAUUCCUUGA